AUGACCACAGCCUCAGUUUGAAACGUGGGGGAGCACGUGGUGAAGCUAGUCCCUUAUAAAUCUCCCUGCAACCGACCGCCUGUUGAUGUUGUGUACUGGCACGCGCUCGCACGGACCACGGAGGGACUGCGACUUUCUCAUUUGUUUUUUCGUAGAAGGGGAUGGAGGAACGCGCUAACGCUCUUCCGUUGCACUGAAGGGAAAAUACACUUUCCCCUGCUCCUUUAGUAGUUAUUUUGACAUCUAUCAUCUCGGUCCCUCCACCAGUUGCUACCUUCAGACCUAAACGUUUGAGCGCUAACAGUAGGCUAUAUAUAUUUUUAUUUUUUAUUACGUUUUGUACUCGACACCUUCCGUGCGCCAGGACGGGGCAACUUUUUAAAACUGACUGUAAGCUACGCGGUGUGUCCUGGGACACGGCGAUGCACAGAUCCGCGUGAGGAGCCGUGGGAGUCUAUCUGCUGAGGGAAGUGAGAGACAGGCUUGUGUGGAGUGGAGUGGAGUGGAGUGCGGAACUGGGCGCAGUUGGACAGCUUUGGGUGCUCUGAUGCGGUGGAGGUGUGCGCUAACCCGCAGGCUGCCUGUCUGUGUCCAGCUACUGGAGUCGGUUGUGGUUUGUUUUGCUUGAGAGUUAGAUCGAGUUUGCCGGGGCAUUUUAUGGUCACAGUUCGGUCUAUGCCAUAAGCCUGACAUUAGAAACUUUUCUAUGACAUUUGUGUAAGUUCACUAUGAAGUGAUCAGGUUUUUGUGAAGUGAGGAUCCGACUUCGCCUUUCAGCUAUUCAUCUCCUACCUAACGGAUUUUACAGAUCAUUUCACGACUUUGAUUUUUUUGCUGGUUGAAUGGAUUUUCAGGUAUAAUUUAAACUAUAGAGCUUGAAGUUGAUACAUAAUAUACAAAAUAUUAGUGACAUUAGCGAAACGAAAAAGGGUUUAAAUAACUAACAAAAGGGAAUUACGAGAGAAUAUAUUUUAUAGUUUUUAUUUAGUACACGUCGAAAUGAGUAUAUCCUAUUUAAUUUAAGAAGUGUCAGUAGUAACACGUCACCAAAAUCAGUUUUUACAUAGAAUCAAGACGCUGCUGCUUUGUAGACCGUUUGGAGAGUUAAAGAUGAACUUCUGCGUCCUGAGUCUGCUCCUGACCCUGGAUUUAGCCACUGUUGCCCUCAGCCUGUCCACAUGUAGUACGCUGGACAUGGACCAGUUCAUGAAAAAGCGGAUUCAAGCCAUUCGAGGGCAGAUCCUGAGCAAACUCAAGCUGACUAGCCCGCCGGAGACUUACCCCGAGCCCGAGGAGGUGUCCCGGGACAUCAUUGCGAUCUAUAACAGCACCCGGGACCUGCUGAAUGAGAAAGCCAACGAGCGGGCUGCGACCUGCGAGCGUCAGCGCAGCGAGGAGGAGUACUACGCCAAGGAGGUGCACAAAAUUGAUAUGCAGCCUUUCUACCCGGCCGAGAACGUCAUCUCUCCCACGCACUACAACCCCUACUUCAGACGGCUGAGGUUUGACGUGAGCUCGAUGGAGAAGAACGCUUCGAACCUGGUCAAGGCGGAACUCAGGGUCUUCAGGCUGCAGAACCCCAAGGCCCGCGUGUCAGAGCAGAGGAUCGAGCUCUAUCAGAUCCUGAGCCACAAGGCCCUGACGUCGCCGACCCAGCGCUACAUCGACAGCAAGGUGGUGCGCACACGCACCGAGGGGGAGUGGCUCUCCUUCGACGUCACCGAGGCCGUCAGCGAAUGGCUGCUGCACAGAGACAGAAACAAUGGAUUCAAGAUCAGCCUGCACUGUCCCUGCUGCACGUUCGUGCCCUCAAAUAACUACAUCAUCCCCAAUAAGAGCGAGGAGCUGGAGACACGCUUCGCUGGUAUUGACGACAGCUUUGUGCACGGCGGUGAGCUGAAGGUGUUUAAGAAGCGGCGCCACAGUGGCCAGGCCCCCCACCUCCUCCUCAUGCUGCUGCCCUCCUACCGCCUCGAGUCCCAGCACAAGAGCCACCGGCAGAAACGAGCCCUGGACGCCGCCUUCUGCGCCAGGAACGUGCAGGACAACUGUUGCCUGCGUUCCCUCUACAUCGACUUCAAGAAGGACCUCGGCUGGAGGUGGAUCCACGAGCCCAAGGGUUACCAUGCCAACUUCUGUGCGGGCGCUUGCCCCUACCUGUGGAGCGCCGACACCCAGCACACCAAGGUGCUGGGUCUGUAUAACACCAUAAACCCCGAGGCGUCGGCCUCCCCCUGCUGUGUGUCCCAGGACCUGGAGCCCCUCACCAUCCUCUACUUCAUCGGCAAGACUCCCAAGAUAGAGCAGCUCUCCAACAUGAUAGUCAAGUCCUGCAAGUGCAGCUAGGAACCGGACACACACUCAGAUAUACACACACACACACACACACACACACACACAUGCACACAUCUACACAAACCCAUGCACACUCACGCACACAUGAACACACAUACAAAUAAAUAGACAUACAGACAUGCAGAUGCACACACACACACACACACACACACACACACACACACACACACACACACACACACACACACACACACACACACACACACACACACACAGACAUGCUAAUGCGCACACACUCUCAUGUUGUCCCGCUUGCACAGAUCUUAGCGCAUGCUGUGCAACCGAGAAAGUCAAGGUACAAACUCAUCCUGAAAAUAAACAAACAGAACACGUGAACAGACACACACACACACACACACACACACACACACACACACACACACACACAUACACAUAAACAUGUACAAACACAGCCAUCCACACACACACACACACACACACACACACACACACACAUACACACACACACACACACACACAUACCUACACGGACACACCCUCAUCAGAAGAGUCAGAAGAGAGUGUGCAAAGUGUGUGUGUGUGAGUGUUUGUGUGCCGAGGAAAGCCCGUUGUCACACCUCACGUCUCCUCUCCUCUCCUCUCCUCCCUCGCACUCAUCACACUCAAAAUGAGUACAGCAAAACACUGGAAGAAUAUGAGUUAAGUGUCUUUAUGUGAAAGAAGUAGAUCCCAGGCUCCCUUGUUUUCACAGUUUCAAAAUCAAGCCAGCAACACUUUUAUUUUCUUUCUUUCUUUCUAUCGUUAUUUCUUUCUUUCUUUCUCUCUGUCUGUUUGUUUUAUUGUCAUAUUGUUGCACCCUCUGAGAUGAAACCCUGUUGUCACUUGUUUUUACUUUUCAUUUUAUUCUUUCGUUUUUUUUCCCCCCUGUUGUGAUAUUUCCUGACAGUGAUAUUUAAAAAUCCAGUGUUUAUUUUCAGGUUUGUGUUGACCUCUGUUGUGUUAUGGCUGUUUCUGUGGCCAUAUGUCGACACACACACACACACACACACACACACACACACACAGAGCGAGGCGGAGAAGAACGGGAGAGAACUUGCUGAGAUACAUUAUAAAGCUCCUCUUCUCUGCACAGACGGGAUAAAACGGAAUGGUCAUGCAGCGGUUGUUUAGUAUGUGUAAUGGGUUCAUUAGGAAGAUAACGAGCAGGCCCAGGUGUCCUGCUGGUCGCUGUGAACGCAUCCACACCUGAAGGGCUCAAGGGAGGUAGUGCUGAAGGCAGUUCAUUAUUGUAAAGGACAUUAGAAGAAGGGAUAGGCAUUUUAGUGUAUAGUCAGUGGUAAGCAGGUAUGUGUAGAGUUGUUGUUGUUGUUGUUGUUGUUUGAUUGAUGAUGAUGAUGAUUUUUGUUUGUUUUGUUUCGUUUUGUCUCUCCAGAACUCUUAAAAUUUGAUACUGUAAUGAAAUGUGACGGUCACAAAACACACAUGCACACAUACAGUACACACACGCACACACACACACACGCACAUGCACACGGACACACACACACACACACACACAACGCACACACAGUGAGACACAGUAAUCGGGACCAUACAAGUCCCCUCCCCAUCUGCCCAAAUCCCUCCCACAUGCUUGAGUUUGGCCAAUGAAAAAGGGACCUCUCCUGCCAGUCUCCUCUGCCCCUCCCCACAGCAUUCUAUGUAUUCUAUGGACCUUAUUCUGCCCACAAGUUCCGUGCAGUCCAGGAAGAUGCCCAUGCCCCCGAAACAUUUUAAAUCAUCACCAAGUUACCCCAUCCACUGACCGACAAAGGAAGUGAUGUCAGCGCGUUCACUGCACAUGGGAGAGGAAUGAUGUCAUCAUCCACACACAUGCAACGACGUCGUCCGCAGCCAAACGUGUGUGUGUGUGUGUGUGUGUGUGUGAGAGAGAUAUGGAGCCCAGCGAUAGGGGCUGUCAUCACACACAUUGUGUUGUUGACGUGCAGGCAGGCUCAUAGGAAGGGCUCGUUGACAUGGAGAUUACUAGGGCGAGACAACAGACAACAGGCUCAGAGGAUCAUCGAGAGACAGAGGAGAGAGCUGAAGGCUAAAUGAGUCAAGUCACUCACUUUGUUUAUUUAGAUAUCUCCCUUGUGAUUGUUAUAUGAUUGUGCUAAUAACAGAGUUAAAUGCUGUUCACUUUUUUGUCAUUUGUUUGUAAUUUUAAAAAAAAAAUGUCUUGAAGAUUAACCCCAAAUUAGGGGCCCUCUUUUUCAAUUUUUCUGUCAGAUCUGAUGAUCAUAGGAGAUGAUCGUGUCAUAUCUGUCUCACCCCCCUCCCUUUGGACGGAAGCAGUUGAGACCAUCCCCCCCUUAAACGAAUAAAAAGCUCACUCUCCACAGUCCAUGGAACAACAGCGCAAAACCUUGACACAGAAGAAUUGCACUGAUGCUAUUUUAAUUCUGUCGUUUUUAUUUCUAGCCUGUUUUGUUUUUUGUUUGUUUAUCUGUUUGUUUGUUUGUUUUUUCUUUUCUCGUAGUUAGGGCUCCCCUAUAUUAAGUGAGUGGUGAUGAUGACAGUAGGAUUGGUAGGGGACACUAUUGUCCAGCUCACUCCAGUCCCGCCCCCUCCCCACCCACUCCCCCUUUGGGCACCAGUGCCAGUGGACUUCCUGGACAGGCAGGAAGUGGAAGGAGGCAGCAGCAUUGUCAUUGGUCGAGCUGUUAUUAUGAUUGUUGUCUAUGCUGAUGUUGAUGUUUAUUGUUGAUCUUGACCCACUUUGAUGAUGUAACACAUUAUUUUUGUGGUGCUCUAGUGGUAAAUAAAUUAUUUAAGUUACAAGGGAAGUCA